ACUUAAAAUCAAAAUGGACAACAGCAAGUUUGUGGUUCUCCUGAUAGCAGGUUUCUGCGUUCCCUCAACAUCUCUACAAAACGCCUUCUUCUUCAUCUCAGAGGCGAUGACGUGGGAUGAUGCAUUUCUGUACUGUGUCUCUCACUACAUCAAUCUUGCUCAAAUACUGAGCCUAGACAACGUGACCACAAUGAUGGCGACUCCAACAAAUGGAUACACAGGAGAGGCCUGGAUUGGUCUGUACAAUAAAUUUUCUGAAUGGACCUGGCUGAAUGGACAACCACUGACAUAUCAUAACUGGAGAGAUAGUCAGCAAGGGAAUCUCAACGGAAAUGAGUUAUGUGCGGCCAUAGAAAAACAAGGUCUCUGGGACGCUAACACCUGCUCUCUUUUGAAAUAUCCAAUUUGUUCUGAUGGACUGGAUUACCAAAUUGGUCCCAGCAAAAUGAGUUGGAACAAGUCUGAAGCUUACUGUAACUCACAAAAUUCAACUCUGGCCUACGUCCCCAAUGAAGCUGGGGAUUCACGUAUCCAUCAUCUGAUGCCAAAAGAGUCAGUAGGGUGGAUUGGCCUCUACCAGCCUGAAGUCUGGGCUUGGUCCGAACCAGGAGGAAACUUCUCAUUCCAAAACUGGAGGAUCGGUCAACCUGACAACCGGGCUGUAGAUAGUUGUGUAGCUGCACAGGUGUCAGAUGGAACCUGGUUUGACGAGGGGUGCACAGAAAAACAAUUACCUUUCUUCUGCUACGGAGAUGCAGCUAACAAGACCCGCAAAAUUACAGUGAAGAUGAAGAUCAAGUCCAGCGCAGACCUGGAAGAUCCAGCUGUCAGUGCAGAGCUGGUGCAACAGAUGCGUACAGCAUUUGCUGAGCAGGGACUGGAUGUGAAACUGACCUGGAGGACUCGACCAGUGAAAACACAGGAGCAGCAACAAGAAAAAGAUACUUGUCCACCUGAUGAGAGCAACACAGGAAGAUUACCACGACAUUUAUGAUCAAUGGUUUGUUGUGUGAUGUUCAGGGAUCAUAAAGAAUCCACUGAUCAUUACUGCUUGUUAUUUGUUGAGUUACAGACUGAAGGCAGAAGCGUAGCCCGGGUGUGAUCUUGUUUUAAAGGAAGAAUGUGCGAUAUUUUUCACAUGAAUAGAAAUCUAGUAUAUCCUCUGUGAAUGUCUCUAUAAUGAGGGAGAAGCUCGAGACAUCGCUGCCUCCUAAAGGACGUUUUUUUUUUGGCACUGUAACUUUGCUGAAUGUAGCUUAGUGCUCAUCAUGGAUUAAUGUUGGGUCUUAGUAGAUAAUAAUAAUAUCAUAAUGUAUAAUAUGAUAUAACAAAGAGUACGUUCUAGAUCUGCUCUUUCUGUGAAGUGUCACGAGAUAAUGUGUUUUGAAUUGGUGCAAUACAAAUAAAGAUAGAUCG